GAUGCUAGGAGGAGUUUUUCUGAGUUCGAGUUGUGGUGAUGCAAGUUGGGGUGAUGCGCUCCUGUAAGAACUUGCAUUGCAAGUGUAUUGUAAUCAGCUUGAUUUGAUAAUACAUUGUGCGAGUUUUGGAGGGUGGAGUUUUUCUCCCAGAAGGGUUUCCCCACGGGAUAGGAACAGGGCAGGGCAUGAAAUUGAAAUUGUGUGGGAUGUAAAGUAAACAAUAAUUGAAUUUUGUGGUUCAGCGUUUUAAAACAAAUCGCGUUGUAACAGUGUUAGGAAUGGUGAGGAUGAAGAUAAGUAUAUGGUUACUGGUAUAGGAGUCAAUGGGUAUUCCCCCAAUAUGCAAAGCAGCGUUGAGCGACGCGGAUACUUUGGUUUGAUCCAUCUCAGAAUUGAAUCCUAUAAAACAAACUCAGAUGCCCCAGAUGUCUGUAUCUUCAAAUGGAGCUCAAUUCUUGCCCUGCUACAAUUUCACAGUCUUCCCAUGGAGAAGGGCAUCAUACUCUCUCCAGAAAACGCAAAUCUGAUUGUGCUUUUGGAGGACUGUACUGUGCAAUUAAACCUGCCAACAAGAAAACCAAUGUGGUUGCAGAGCAAAUGAGGAAAAAUCGAAUGAAAUUUCUGUGUGCCAAAUUGCAGUCCCUUAUACCCACUACCACUCUAAAGGUUGAUAGAUGUGGGUUGUAUGAGGAAGCCAGUAAUUACAUUAGAAAACUGAAGCAAGAAGUAUUCCAUCUGAGGCAACAGAGAAACAAUCUCAGAGGAAAGGCAUGCCAUGGGAAAACAGGGAAGGAAAGCAGGGAGGUUCAAGUGGAUGUGGGCAUUUAUGGCAGUGAAGUUGUGAUUACUAUUACUAGCAUCACAAGGCCAAAAUGUUUUGGGAGAAUGAUUGAAGAGAUUGAACAACAUGGUGUAGAUGUAAACAUGUCACAACUUUCAACAAGUGAUUUCUUUGUAUUUCUCUACUUCCAUGCCAGCUUGAAAGACAAUGAGAAAGAGCAUAACCCUGCUAAGUUACAGUCUUCUCUGGAAAGAAGAUUGUCUAUGGCCUACUGAGCAUUAAUAGUUUAUAGCAACAAUUUUAUUUGGUAAAUCCUACCUUUGUACUGUA